AUGUCAAAUGACAACAUAAAAUCAGUAGAACAUUCAGAUAAAUACAUCAGAAAUAUGAUCCAUAGCAAAUCUGAUAGAACAUUUUUCAUUGACGCUGCUAAUCGGAAUUUGGCUACUGUUCCAUUGGAGGUUUUAGAAUUAAGAGAAUUAGAAGAAGUGCAUCUGGAAAAUAACCAGAUCGAAGAAAUCCCCCCGGAUAUUCAAUACUUAAAGAAUGUCAAAAUCCUCUACCUGAACAAAAACAAACUGAGCAGGCUGUGCCCCCAGCUGGGAAAACUGAGCAACCUGGAGGGCCUGGACCUGAGCGACAACCCCCUCCUCCCCUCCUCGCUUCUGGUGCUGGGCUGCAACCGCAGCCUGCGCCAGCUCCGCCUCUACCGCACCUGCCUGCGGGAGUUCCCCGUGGAGAUCUGUAAGCUCCUUCACCACCUCGAGCUGCUCGGACUGACCGGAAACUACCUGAAAACUCUGCCCAUGGAAAUCGUGAACCAGACCAAACUGAGGGAGCUCUACCUGAAGCAAAACCAAUUUGACGUUUUCCCGCAAGAGCUCUGUGUUCUCUACAACCUGGAGAUCAUUGACCUGGAUGAGAACCAACUGACGGUCCUCCCAGAAGAGAUCGGGAACCUGACCAGGCUGCACAAGUUCUAUGUGGCUCAUAACGGCCUGCACUUUCUCCCCGAGUCUCUGGGCCACUGUAGCAAACUGUCGGUGCUGGAUUUAUCCUACAACAGCCUCCACUCCAUCCCACACUCCCUGGAGGGGCUCUCGGAGAUGACGGAGAUUGGGCUGAGCGGGAACCCCCUGGAGAAGGUGCCGCGCCUCGUCUGCAGGUGGACCUCGCUGCAACUGCUCUACCUGUGCGGUGCCGGCCUGCACGGGCUGCGGCGCUCCUUCCGACGGCUGGUCAACCUGCGCUUCCUGGACCUCAGUCAGAAUCAUCUGGAAAGCUUUCCGAGGCAGAUCUGUGCGCUGAAGAACCUGGAGAUCCUGGCGCUGGACGAUAAUAAAAUACGGCAGUUACCUUCAGACUUCUGCUUACUUUCAAAACUGAAGAUGCUGGGACUAAGCGGGAAUCAGUUCUUUACAUUUCCAGAAGAAAUCUUUUCUUUAGAGUCUUUAGAGAAAUUGUACAUUGGGCAAGAUCAAGGAGCCAAGUUCACCUGUGUGCCAGAUCACAUUGGGAAACUACAGAACCUCAAAGAGCUGCAUGUAGAGAACAACCAUCUGGAGUACUUGCCAGUCGCCUUGGGGUCGAUGCCUCACCUGGAAAUUCUUGAUUGCCGCCACAAUCUGCUUAAGCAACUUCCAGAUGCCAUCUGCCAAGCACAAGCUUUGAAAGAAUUACUGCUUGAGGACAACUUGCUCACUCAACUUCCGGAGAGUUUAGACUGUCUAGUGAAUCUGAAGGUUCUGACACUGAUGGACAAUCCCUUGGAAGAACCCCCAAUAGAAGUGUACACCGAAGGCAAAGAGGCUAUAUACACAUACCUUCAGGAGAAAAGAAAUAUGAAAAUAACGGCAACAAAGAUCCAGACAUGGUGGCGCGGAAUUAUGGUGCGGAAAGGAUUGGGGAGAUUUGGUGAAUUACUGAAAGUGCGAAAGAAAGGAAAGAAUUCUCCAAAAGCUAAGAAAGGAAACAAGGAUGCAAAAGGAAAACCUGCAAAAGAAAAGAAGAAAUAAUUUUGUAUAUUAAUGA